UUCACUCCCCCCUCCCUCCGCGCGCGCACUUCCGGUCUCGCCACUUCCGCUUCCGGCGCCGCCGCUUUCUCUGCGCUCUCGGACCCCCCAGACCCGUCGCGAUGGCGCAGUACAAGGGGGCAGCGAGCGAGGCCGGACGGGCGCUGCAGCUGAUGAAGAAACGGGAACGGCAGCGAGAGCACAUGGAGCAACUCCGGCAGCGGAUCGCUGAGGAGAACAGCGCCAAAUCCAACAUCGACCGCAAGUUUUCGGCUCAUUACGAUGCGGUCGAAGCCGAACUCAAAUCCAGCACCGUAGGUUUGGUGACGCUGAACGACAUGCGGGCGCGGCAGGAGGCGCUGGUGAAGGAGCGCGAGAAGCAGUUGGCGAAGCGGGAGCAGAGCCGCGAGCUGCAGCUGCAGCUGGAGCGGCAGCGGGAGCGCGAGCGCAAACAGGAGGCGAAGCGCAAGAUCUGCAGCCUCAGCUUCAGCCUCGACGAAGAGGCGGCGGACGACGAACCCCCCGAGGCCCCCGAAGAGCCCCCAAAAAAGAAGAAAUUGGGCAAAAACCCGGAUGUCGACACCAGUUUCCUCCCGGAUCGGGACCGGGAGGAGGAGGAGAACCGCCUGCGGGAGGAGCUGCGCCAGGAGUGGGAAGCGAAGCAGGAGAAGAUCAAAAAUGAGGAGAUCGAGAUCACGUUCAGCUACUGGGACGGCUCCGGGCACCGGCGGACGGUGAAGAUGAAGAAAGGGAAUACGAUGCAGCAGUUUCUGCAGAAAGCGUUGGAGAUUCUGCGCCGCGACUUCAGCGAAUUGAGGUCAGCAGGGGUGGAGCAGCUCAUGUACAUCAAAGAGGAUCUGAUCAUCCCCCAUCACCACAGUUUCUACGAUUUCAUCGUGACGAAGGCGCGCGGCAAAAGCGGGCCCCUCUUCAACUUCGACGUUCACGAUGACGUUCGUCUCCUUAACGACGCCUCAGUGGAGAAGGACGAGUCCCACGCCGGGAAGGUGGUGCUGCGCUCGUGGUAUGAGAAGAACAAACACAUCUUCCCGGCGUCGCGGUGGGAACCGUACGACCCCGAACGCAAAUGGGAGCGCUACACGAUCCGGUGAUGCCGCGCGGCCCCUCUCUCUCCGCCCCCCCCAAAUAAAGACACCCCAAAGUCA